AUGGAACCAUCCACUGCCCAAACGCCCACUUCUGGGAAAGGCAUCCGCUCUCGUGUCGAAAAUGGCGACACCGGUCCGAUUGCUGAAGCUGGAAAAAUUUUACUUAAUGCAAAUAGCUCACAGGAUACGUCAAGAUGGAAGCCUUUGACAGAAUGCCCAGAUCUCAGUAUUCCCCCUGAGUCGGGCAUUUUCGUGCCGGAUCCAUCCCCAACCAAGACGCUCCACGACAGUGAUGGAGAUACACCAAAAUCAGAGACGCUUGGAGGAUCUCUCACACGAAGGAGGCGACAUGGAGAAUACCACCAUCGUCCACCAGUCUGGAACAUUCGAAUGCUCGAUGACGAUGUUUCAGCCUUCUCAAGUGUCAAUGUCGACGCCGACUCUGAUAUUGUUGAUUCCGUUGCCGGACUGAAGACCGACAAUACUUCGCCCCAUUCACACAAACAACCCACUCUCGGGUCGCUUAGCCUUUACCCCCAGGCCGACAUGCAACCUAACAUUAGAAUAUCCGAAUAUCCCCAUCCUAAUUUCCUCGCGAACACUUUGCUCGAGGAGCAGCUAGAUGCGAUAGCUUCUACCUGGUCAAGAGAGCCAUUUGUAGUUGCCACAGCAGAGACAGAUGCUCAAGAAGGUAAUGAGUCAGAUGGUGGCCAGUGGAGCACAACUACAGGAUCUGUCAAUUCUGCACCAGAGGAACCACUGCCGGCUCACCGACGGCCUAGCCCCAGAAGGCGUAUUACAUCUUGGCCGACCAGCUCCUCAGCUCGGUCAAUAGACUCGGGAGAAUCCCACCAUAUCGGCGUAUUUGCCUUUCCUAAGCCGAGGAGCGGAUUUAUCUGUGAUUCCGCUGGGCCUUCGAGAACAAGUGUUGAUAUCGAUGAAACCUUCCGGGACGAGAAUGAAGCUGCCGAUCAGGCACGGGGAGAAGAACAUGACCACUUUCAAGUGGUAAAAGCUCCUUCUCUCUCUCCAGUGAUUGAACAACCCAUGGAUGAGAACACGCCACCUGGAGAACUAGCAGAGGAUCCUGGCCCAGUCGAACAUGUGACAGCUUGUUUGAUAUCUACCACUACGGGAGAACAACCGCGAGAUGACAAACAGCCACUGCACCAACCAGGUCAGGAGCAGGGUCAUCCCGAGCAAAUCAGAUCUGCCCCGCGUUUUCCAGAAGCACAACUGGGUGAAGCUAGGUACCAGCAAUUUGGUCAACCAGAAAACGAACGAGAAACUCGUGGUAAUAUCGAAUCGUCUUCAAUAUUUACCGCAGUGCAGCAAUCCCAAAAUGCCAACACCCCGGCCGUCGGUGCAGGAACUGAUGCCACGGGUUUAGAUCAACAACUCCAACCCUACCAACAACCAUGCCACGAGGCUAAAUAUUUAAGUUCUUGUAAAGACAUCCGAUCUUUACCAUCAAAUAGAGCAAUCGGAUAUCCACUUCCGCCCAAAAGAAAGUUCGGUUGGGCAAUCGAAACCGGCUCCAGGGUAAUAUGCGUUUGCGACACCGUGGCAGAAUGUGAAUAUGAUGACAUUUUUCCAAUGAGGUUAGGCGAUGCAUAUAUUGUUCUUCAACUGUAUGGCGAUUUCUGGGCUUCGUGCUUAAAGCUUACUCUCGACAAUCAAACCUGGUCUGCCUACCCAAUUCAUGAGCGGAACAGGGAUAGGGCGAAGUCUACCUUCAUUUGUCCAGAGGAAAAUGUAAAAUUUCUCCCGCUUUGCGCUCUCACUCUUGAUGCCAACUUUGGAGACUACCUUGCGCGCCACCCCAGGAACGGGGGCCCGUGUUAUUCACCUGCAACUGGCCAACAAGUAGUGGCCCCUAAAAGGUCUUUUAGUCACCCGAUAGGCCUUAGGGGCAGCUCCGUGGUCGUUCCCAAAAAAAUACUUCGCCAGGCCAAAUAUGCAAAUAUGCCACGAGAUACGUCGGCUAUUGCUAUCUAUGGUUUCACACACAUGGAGGUUGGACAUAUACGGGAAUCAAAACCAUCCGAGUUGAUUAAUGUGGAUCCGGAUUUUACUCAUUUUCGUCCUAUUGAUAAUAUUUGGAGGUUCAAGGCCAGGGUUGAGAAGAAAUUAUCACGGCAAUCUCUCCGAGAAGGAAGUGAAAAGAUUCAAAAAUCAUCUUCGACAGCCUUUACCAAAUUUGUUGAUGGCCCGCUAAGAAGACAUUUUCACUCAGACCCGGGUUCUUCUGGUAUGCGGAGAUUCUUUUCGAGCCACGGAGCAUCCAACACGGAUACGCCAGCUGGACAAAGAGAGAGUAGUCCCCACCAGGCUACAGCAGAUACUUCAAAUCAAACCGAAGCUGUUGGGGAAAAUCUCCAGCAGACCGUGGGCGAAAUUGCAGCAUCCUCACGGGAAACUCAAGCUAUGGAAGGGAAUACCAACAGACCUGAACGAAGCACCGCCGACAAUCGUCAACCCGGAGAUCAAAUUACAACAACAGUAAAUGAGAUUAAGAGUUAA